CACAAUUGUUCCUCCUUCGCACGCUUUCGUCAUGUAUGGACUCGUAUUGGCGUCAUCAUCACCAACUCGGUCUCCGCACAAGCCCUCCAGAAUUGGAUCCGAACGAGGAGGGGUUUCAGAAACCCUGGGCCAACCCGCCGGGAAUCGAAGAACCACUGGCCAAAUUCAUCCUCUCGGUCAUGAUUCUCCUCAUGCGGAUGACGACGUACGAGGUCUCCAAUGUCGUCGCCAGUUCACCGGGCUAUACGGGUCCUCCUGCUGGGUCUUACAUGACCAAGGGCGAGAGCAAUCAUCCUAGCGUUGGGAGGAGCAUCAUCCGAUAUCUGCACGCUGGUCAUGGCGGAAGCGACAUGGAUCUCGGGUUCCGAUACCGUGGACCACACGACAUGCGCAACUUGGAGUCGGGACCUUCAACAUUUGCCGGCGGCGAAACGGGUUCCAUGAUGAAGGAUAACACGUCGAUGAUCCUCUCUGAUCCGUCUUUUCAACGUGGUCACAAGCGCAACGUCUCGACCGACUCGACCGGGGCGUACAGUGUCGGCAACUCACCAGCUUCCGGGCUAUUGUACGAAAUCGCCCGAACCGUCGGCAAGGUUAUCUACUUUCUAUCUUCUGCCUCUUGGCCCGUCAUCUUUGCCAGGAUCAGGAAUCGAGUCUUGUAUCUCAGCGCGGCUGCAGAGGAGCAUCCGGACGCGAUCGAGUUGAGGUUGCUGGAUUGGUGUAAUUUGGAUCAGGCGCGAUUAGUCCUGCUUAUGAGGGAAUUCACAACGCACUUUCUUCACAUGAAGCGGUCCGCUCAGCCUGCGGUCGCUCACGCGAUCGAGUCCAUCAUCAUGAACUGGGUCGAGUCGCGGCCAUCUGAAUUUGUCAAUCUCUUGAAGACCGGGAGACGGCUGGAUGGGGGCGCCGAAGUCCUCUUUGACCAGGUCCACAAUCUUGCGACAUUACCUGAGAACACAAAGAGGCUACGCGCUUUCCGACCCGCAAAGAUGGCAUUGUUGAUUGUCUGUCCAGACAUCUUGUCCAAAGCUUUGCAUGGGGAGACGACCGGUAGUACAAUGACGAAAAAAACGACCUACCUCGAGGUCCUCAGGAAAAACUUGCGGUCGAGCGUGGUCGAAGACGCGGUCUUGCAAGCAUACAUCAAUGCCUGCCGAGCAGGAUCAGUCAUUCCCCUUUCUUUGACCGGAACGGGUCUACAAGAACUCGUCGGAGACAUCAUGAGGGAGCUCAAGGAUGGUUUAUACGGAAAUGCGCAAAUCUCGGAGCAACGGGAAGACAACCUCCUUAUCGACGGAUUUGCUGGCUUAUAUCUCGUCAAACCGCCUUUCUGCCAGAAUGCCGUGCCUGCCUUGAUCACGGACGCUUCAACUCCCAAGAUCCGCAGAGUAUUAGCGACGGCUUGCACCAUUUUGGAGAUGGAAUCGAGCUGUAAUCCGCAGCGGAAAAGCACACAGCAACUUCGCGAGAUGGUAGCACCUACGUUACGGACGUGGCUGAAGAGCUCGGCUCGAACGCUUGUCAGCGCUCAAGGGUCAUCGGAUAACACGGUUAUGCGAGGUUACAUCGGCCGCCCAGAGACGCAAUCUCACAGAGAGGCCACCGCCAUUGUGCAAAGUAUCUUGGCUCUCUACGCCAUCGAGCCUACCUGGGCGAUCGAAAAGGCGGCUCCAGUGCCACGACUUGGGAGAUCCGGGCCCAAUGGCCUAUCUGGCGACUUGUCCUAUGACCACCGGUUUGGGAUCGACGUAAACGAGGACAGUCUGCCGGCGUUGAUGGCAGUUUUGUCGUCGCUGAACCCCAAAGCGGUGUCCGACGGAUACCGGGACGGCUUGGCUUCUGCAUUAAGGGCGAUCCAGACGCAUCUCAUCGCACUCGAGUACGAUACGACCCUGAAUAUCGGCUUGAAGCGAACGAUGAACCGGAUGAAUGCUGCUCUUUUAAGAGAUGCUGCACUGCGUUGCAUAGAUAUCAUGCUCGCCUUCCCCGUCCGUUCAGGAAUACAGGUAGCUGUUUCUGACGUAAUCGCACAGGCAGAGUUAUCCCUUCGCGUGUGGAAAGAGAUUUCCUUGAUUUGCGGACCAUCGGCCAAUAUGGCCGAGGCGUUCAAUGCAUUGGCACUUGCAGACGUGACCUUGAUUGCCUACCUCAUCUCAAACGAACACGAGGAGGUAGAACGAACGCUUCGAGCCAUAGUCUACCUCGGGGAUCUGCGAAGCGAAGCGUUCCCGGAUCUGGAUAGGCUCAGCGGCAUCAUGGAACACGAUAUGAUGCUCUGGUUCCAAUUCAUGGCUGAUUUUUCGGAAGUCAUCAAACAGGAGCGAUUGAGCGAAGAGAUCCGGAGUGAACAGCAAAAGAGGAUUCGAUCGACCUUGCGGCUUCAUACAGUUCAAUGCAGUACAGCCCACGUGCUCUGGGACAUACAAUACUGCCGGUACGACCGACUGUCCAGCAACAUCAUCCAAGGGGCUUCUCCGACAGCAAUCCACAUCGGUUCCGAGGCGAUACCGGAUAGCAUGUCAUCAACCCCUUCCCAUGCCCUCUUUCAGAACUUGACCUUAUUCUUGGCCGCCUUCAGCGGGGCACCUCAAUCGCAAGACAGUCCUAAGAGUCGCUUCGGUACGGAGCUGUCGACCCUUUUGCGCAAAUGGGAAACAGCCCUGGACGCCGCCUCGCUACCAGUCUUCUUCGAGACUAUUACGGAUCUUACCGUCUCCGAUUCGCCAGUCGUCCGAUACACCAGUGUGCAGGUCGGAUCAGAGGUCGCCAUGCCAUAUCUUCGCUUGAUGAUCAUGCAGCUGAGCAAUCUGAUGCAACAUAGUAUCAGUAACGGCAUCGUUGAGCGGAAUGACGCAUUUGACAUGUUUGUUGACAAUUGUACGGCGAUCUUGAAGGGGAUACAAGAGCGACCGAGGGAACAGGCUUCGGACGCCUUGCGCAAGACGCCCGAACUACCUCGGCUAAUCUUCAUGCUCGCUCACUAUGCCGACGAAAUGUCUGGCGCGAUCGCCGACCGAUGUCGCUCGCGGAUCGUCUCGCAACUGGCUGACGGGGUCGACUGUUCCACCUUCAACAACGUCUCCAAGGCGUCCCUUCUUCUCAUCAUAGAAUCCUGGAUGGAAGCACAAGUUACAGAUGGCAUCUCGGAACAGCGCAAACCGUAUGCGUCACACGUGCGAGGCAAAUCUGCGAACGACGGCGAUCACCUCAAAGCUUUGGUCAGACUGAGCGAUAGGUGUACAUUCGAUGCCGAGUCUGUUCGAGACAGUCGAAUGACUCCGGCUCAACUCUUCGCCUCACACAUGGACUUUUUCACACGACAUGCUUUACGCGUCUCACAGGCCAACAGUGUCGAGAGCACUCUUCAGCAUGCACUGUUGAGGCAAACCAUUUCAAAUCUAAUGGUCAACAACGCGGACUUUGCCAUUCGAAUCGUCUCGCCAAAGCUUCUGCUUCCUGAAGCCGACAUCCGGACGCUCUAUAUUGCCGGGGCGGUUGAUGUGCUCGAGCACAGUAACGUCGACCUCGUCCUGAAUCCUGGCAAAACCGAGGGAGAAGAGACGAAGCCUUUCACAAAGCUUCUGCUGCAACGAGAUUUGCGACUGGUCAAAGCCCUCGUCCAGAUCUGUUCGGUCAACGAAUCGGACGUCCUGUCGAUGGCGAUCUUCAGGAUCUGGGAGCGAGAAGGAUCGCUUCUACUUCUGAUAAAGGGGAUGCUGACGGAAGAAGUGCGAAUGACGGAUUCCCAAGCGCAGCUCUUCCGAACCAAUUCGGUGACUACCAGAAUCGUCGCCUUCUACAUCAGGACCGUCGCCUUCAACUAUUUCCGGGGUCUAUUGCACCCGCUGAUGGAUCGGCUGAGGUCGUCCGAACUUGACAGUUCCCCAGCAACGAUCGGGGCGCUCUCCCAAAUGGUGAUCGACGACUUGAUCAGGACCAUGGACGUCCCGGCUCCUGUUCGUCAGGUAUUGGGAUUGGUUUCAGCUGCUGCAAUGACGAAAUUCCCCGAAGCGCGGUCUCAAGCCGUCGCCAGUUUCUUGAUCCUGCGAGUAUUAUGCCCGGCUAUCAUCUCGCCAGAACGUCUAGACCUGCAAGUGCCGGUGGAACAUCGGCGCACCCUGGUCCAGGUGUCCAAAGUGAUCAUCAACGUGGCGAACAAUCAGUUCUUCGCAAGCAAGGAGAUGCAACUUUCCAGCCUGAAUGAUCUGGUCGGCAAGAACGUCGUGCCGAUUGCUCAAGCAAUGACCGAACUUGGAUCUCAAACUCCACUGCUCAAUACACAAUCCGGUCUCGAUGAAGACGUUCAUGUAACGAGAUCGACGGACCCCCUCGCCAUCGACGCCGACGAAUCCUACCUCCGGUACUACAUGACGAGAAACGAGACUAGACUGGCGCUCGCCAAAAACCCGAACGUGGAGAACUUCAUCCCAUUGAUCGAGUUGCUGCGGAGGACUUCGGCAGCUUCUGGCAAUCGGAUCACGGCUUACGAAGAACUGAGCCGUCGCCGCGGCGUUCGUCAUGCCAAAGCCUCAUCUUGGUUCUAUGAAGGCACACCCAGUACUACAGGGUGCCGCCUUUUCUAUUUCUGUGCUGGCGAAGAAGACAUCGUUUACGAUGAGGCGUUCCUGAAGCACGUGUUGAGGUCAUUAGCUGAUGUACACACCUGGGAGUUGGUCAUCGAUCUGACCGGUUUCCAAGAUCAGCCCCCUGCCAUGUUCGUGGAACGACUGUUCGCAGUUUGUCCUACUACCGUGCUCGAGGGUCUCAAAACGGUAGCUCUCUUUCAACCGAACUUUUCGAGCUUCCCUACUCUGAAGAGCAUCUUCAUCCUCUUGACCUGUUCCGGUUUGAUAUCCGAAGCCAAAGUGGUGGCCGUCGCUUCUCCCAGUCAAUUGAUGACCCAUAUCCCUUACUCGCACCUAGACUUGCCCGCCACGUCUGUGGCUGUUUCCGAGAUCCCUGCUCAGCAUGUCUACUACGACAUCUUCUUUGAAAUCGAAGACGCUCGUCAAAUCCCCAUCUUGGGCUACUACAAGGACGGCUUUGUCGUGCUCCAGAGCCGUGUUAAACAGGAGCUGCUGGACGGCAUGACGUCUGAGUUGACCGAGGUAUAUCGAAUCGAGGAUGUCAAUGACCACGUUCUCAGCAAGAUAAGUGGACCUGGUGCGAGCCCACUGCUAAAAGUAAUCAAGGAUGCUCGGCGAAACUUUUCCAAGACUUCUCGACCGCGCCGCCGCUUCAAGGCGCAGGAACCACAACGUCUGACCACCUCGGUGGUGGUCCUCUGUGCUGCUCUGUAUUCGCUGAUAAGCUCGGAUGACGUUGAUUGCCGAGUUGCCGCUCUCGGACUGUUGAGAGCAGCGAACGAAUGCUUUGCUUUCGGGCUAAGUGCCCGCAGUCUUCGACUCGACGAUCCACCCGUUGACCACGUCCUCAGGAUCGGGAUCGAAUUGGCGAAAUACCUGCCGCACAUGAGUGUCGAGAUGGCUGAAGAGCUCAUUCGCCUGCUCAGCCAUGUACCCCCGGAGCAUCGUACCGAAUUUGUCACAUUGACGUCUGCGUGGCUCGGAUCCAGCAUAUCGAGGUCAUUGACGGAUGGUGAACUUCACGCGGAGCGUCUGAAAAUGACCCGAACACUCACGAAGGCGCUUGUCAGCUUGAUGGCACAAGAUUCUGAUGACUUUUCUUGGGUUGACCCCCUCUUCCAACAACUGGGCGACAGGAGCCAUCCAGAUGUUCAGGAGAUUGUGCUAGAGACCAUGAUCAGCCAAGCCGUCGAACUCGGUCGUAAUUACACGGCUGUGGGCAAGGUCGCUCGUGCCCUUGACAUCUGCAAUGCAGACGGCUUGACGAUUAGAUUAGCAACCACUCUUCGCAAAGAAAUCACUAGCACCAGCCAUAAUCCCGCCGCAACUUUGAACAACCACUCGAACUGGAAGAAGAUCAGCUGUCUCGUCGAGAUUCUGCGGGUCCGCCUUCUCAAGCCCUCCACACUUGCCGACAUAGCAACUGCUGUCCCGGACAUCGUCUUUACACUCCUUAUGACGGCGGGGCUAGGAGCGCCCGAAGUACGCGUCACCGUACAAGGCUUGCUCAGUGCAAUUGUCCGCGACAUGGUGGCCAUGUCGCCUCGAGACGACAACGACAAGAACAGGAAACGAUUGACCUUUUUGGCGCAAUUCCAAGGUCUCGCAUUGCUCCAGAAAUCAGACGGAACAGGUGGCAACACGAAGAAGCGCAUGGAGAUGCACAUGGAAACGUUGCAGCGGGUGAAACAGUUCUGGACAUUGGCGAUAGAGGUGCUAGAAUGGUGUGCACCCAGUCAUGACGCUCUCAACCAAUGGAUGAGCCGUCUAUCUGGACUGUUGUCCUCUACCUGUUUCCAGAGGAACGAUGCCGUUCAACACCGGGCCCUUAUCGCCUUUGGCGUUUUCUCCUCUGCCGUGUCGCCUGGCGAGAUCGAGGACGAUUUGCUGUACCAACUCAUUGUUGCUGCGCAGAACGCCAUUGCAAUAUCUGAUUCAGAAGAGAUCGUCGUCAGUCUGGUGAGAUGCCUAUCCUUGGUCGUCAAUGGCGUCUCCCGUGACAGCCCAUACGCAACCGGCGCGAACAGCUUGUGGUGGCUCGGUAUCACAUUGCUGCAAACCUCGAAGCAAUCUUUCCGAUUGGCUGCACUCGAGUUGUGUCAAGCCAUCCUCGAUCAGGCUUAUCUCCGGAAUGCCCGCAACCAGCAUCGUACUUACGAGAUGUUGUUCGAAAAGAGGACGACGGGAUAUUCUCAUCUGGACUUGGCGACUGGGGUCAACUUUGAUAACGAGACCAAUUGGGGUUUCUCCACCGUGGCUCUGCUUUAUCCUGGACUUCGGGAUGACGUCUGCAAAGACCGCACUCACAAACUGCUGAGCGACCUGCUCAAGUUGACUCUUGCGGAAAGCCCGUCGUCUCCCCUGGUCACGGGGGCAGCUUUGCCCCUCUACGUGGCGCUAUACACCGGUGCGCCCACGGAGGCCAGCCGACGAGCUCUAUGGGCGGAGACACUUCAUGUGCAUGGGAGCAAGAACAAGACGAUGCCUUCGCUUCUGUCGAUGUUGGACAUUCCCGACAACUCGACAGCUGUCCUGCUCGUUUCAUUCUUGUUCGCGAUGCUGAAAGCCUCGGAAAACAACGAGGAUGAGAGAAUGGUGCUGUCGGAAACACUGGCCGAUGCCGCGAACCAGCUACCAGAGGUCGUACUGAUGCUGUUUGGCCAUUGGCAACCGACCUUGCUCGCCCUGUUGAGCACCGAAAAUGCCCGGAUCUUGCGAGCCGUCACUAGCGUGCUCGCACUAGGUAGUCUCCGCCGAGACAUCUACCACCACCAAGAUGGCGUGAGGACCGCUUCCCGCUUGUCUGUGGACACCAAUUCCGAAGGCGGAAUGGAGGCGUUACGCGAGAUGGGCAUGAUCAGCGUCGAGAAUCUGUCGCUGUCAAGCGCAAGCUCUGAGAGGACGAUCGUCCUACGCACUUUGGCCGCGCAAGCUAUAGGCCACUUGACUACAUCUGAGCAGACUUGGUAACUUGCUCUGUAGGAGGGAUUUUCACGAACGAUAACGCUUAUAAUGACCACGAGGGACGACUGGAUUCGUCGCAUUGAUUCUGUUGUAUAUCCCGCACUCACACACGACGAAGGUUAGGGUUGGUGUUCUAUAUUUUAUAUUGCAUACUGUCAUUGCGCUGCUGCUGGCGCAUUUUCGAGCGAUCCACCUCCACGUCCCGGUUGAACGACAUUCCAUCUUGUCCCCGCG